AUGUCUGAAGAGUACGGGCUUGGUGAGCCUCUCGCGAACCCGCCGAACGCGAACGUUGAUAAAGAAACACCAGAAAUCCCCAAGACGACGUUCUGGCCAGAGGAGCUCCUGCCCAAAGCUUGUCCCACCGCACGUAUCCUCUCAUUCGGAUACAACUCGAAAUUUGCGAGUUUCUUCCCGGUCUUCCGCUCGAAAGACCCAGUGUCGAAGGAAACCACCAUCGACAAUUAUUCUUCCAGCUUGUUAACAGACCUCUUCAACCUCCGGGAGAAAACGAGCACCCCGAAAGACCGGCCCGUUAUCUUCGUCGCGCAUAGCCUUGGAGGUCUCGUAGUAGCCAACGCCGUGGCCGGUGAUAAAGGCGUCAACAAAGAGGGGAAGUCAAUCUCCGACCACACCUUCGGCAUCCUGUUCCUCGGCACACCGUUCGAGGGCUCCAAGAAAGCAGAGUGGGGGAGCUUCGGUGAACGCCUCAAGAAGAUGACCGGCAUCAAGACGGAAGACCUGAAGGACCUGAAGGAGCGCUCGGCGAAACUGCAGAGCAUCAAUGCGGCGCUUCAGACGUACGUGAAGGACCGAGACCGUGGAACACCGCUGUACACUGUCUGCUACUUUGAGGAGUUUCCAACGUAUGUCGACAAGGUGGAUAUUGGCCAUAUUGUUACAAAGGAUUCAGCGACCUUUCAGAAUGCGGAUCUUGUACUGCCUAUUCCAGGGAACCAUCACACUAUGUGUAAGUUUGGGGCGACCUACGCUCCCGGGUACGAUAGAGUGGAGGGGCAGCUGGUACAAUGGAUCAAGGCUCUCAAGUCAAAGAGUCCCGCGGAUACAGACCAGAAGGUAAUUUCUUUCCCAGAACGUCCUUCCGAGCUCCUGCUGACUUUUCCAAGGGGGGGAUAA